AUUGUCAAGUGUAACCAGUGACCACUUCCCCGUUUGUUGUUGUUUAGAGUAGGCAUCUUAGAUGUCUGUAAUUAUCAUAAAAAACACAACACUCAGCAAACCUCAGGCGAAAACGCGAAGGGAAAUUGAUUGUGUGAUAGGUUACUUGAUUUCGAUGCUCUUCGUUAUCAUUUCUCAGAUAAACCAGAUAUCAGCUGUCGUAAAGCGACCUGGCUACAACAGUAUUAGCUAGUGACUUUUUUUUUUAGCUUAGCCGCACAGCUGUGUGUUUCCCGUGGGUCCAGUUAAAGAGUCCGCGGUUCGAGGCUCGGGGGAGAUCGGAUCAUUUGCCCAGAGGCUUUUAGAGACUCAGAUGAUUAUUUGACCGAAAUCACGGGAAACGAUUGCUCUGGAAAACCCUGAAGCAGUUAUCGUUAGCCUGCUAGCCUGUUAAAGAGCUGAAGCGUCGUCGCACGGCGGUAUCAUGGGCUCGGUACUCGGCCGGAGGAUCGCCGGGGUGGAGGACAUCGAUAUCCAGGCGAAUUCUGCUUAUAGAUUUCCUCCAAAAUCCGGGAACUACUUUGCAAGCCACUUCUUCAUGGGAGGGGAGAAGUUUGACACCCCUCACCCUGAAGGUUACCUGUUCGGCGAGAACAUGGAUCUCAAUUUCCUAGGCAACCGUCCAGUGCAGUUUCCAUACGUGACCCCGGCACCACACGAGCCUGUGAAGACUUUGAGAAGCCUGGUCAACAUAAGGAAGGACUCGUUACGUCUCGUCAGGUAUAAAGAUGAUGGCGAUACACCGACUGAGGAAGGGGCAAAACCCAAGUCUUUAUACGGAGUGGAGUUCACCUUCGACUCGGACGCUCGCGUGGCCAUCACUAUCUACUGCCAGGCAUUCGAGGAAUUCUCCAAUGGAAUGGCAGUUUAUAACCCCAAGAGUCCUGCUCUGGUGUCGGAGACGGUACACUACAAGCGAGGAGUGAGCCAGCAGUUCUCCUUACCAUCCUUCAAGAUCAGCUUUUCUGAAUGGAAGGAGGAAGACUUGAACUUUGACCUGGACAGAGGUAUUUUUCCCAUGGUCAUCCAGGCAGUAGUGGACGAAGGAGACGAUUGUUUGGGACAUGCACAUGUGCUGUUGGCUGCCUUCGAGCGACAUGUUGAUGGCAGUUUCUCAGUCAAGCCUCUAAAGCAGAAACAAAUUGUGGAUCGAGUUAGUUACUUGCUCCAGGAGAUCUAUGGCAUUGAAAAUAAGAACAACCAGGAGACAAAGCCAUCUGACGAUGAGAACAGUGACAACAGUAACGAGUGUGUGGUGUGUCUGUCGGACCUGCGGGACACACUCAUCCUGCCCUGUAGGCAUCUGUGUCUUUGUAACUCGUGUGCAGAUACGCUGCGCUACCAGGCCAACAACUGCCCCAUCUGCAGACUCCCUUUCCGUGCCCUGCUGCAGAUCAGAGCAGUGAGGAAGAAGCCUGGCGCUCUCUCUCCCGUCUCUUUCAGUCCUGUUCUGGCUCAGAGCAUGGACCAUGACGAGCACUCGAGCUCGGACUCGGUUCCUCCCGGCUUUGAGCCCAUCUCCCUGUUGGAGGCUCUCAACGGCCUCACUGCCAUGUCCCCCGCUGUGCCAUCAGCCCCUCUGUACGAUGAGAUCAACUUCUCGGGCAGUCUGAGUGGCGACAGCAGGCAGCUGAGUUCUCCUGAACACUCUGGAGAAAGCAGCCUUCAAAAGGGAAAAGUCAGCAAGUCACCUGACAGCACACUACGUUCACCUUCAUCACCCAUUCAGGAGGAGGAUGAGGAGAAGCUGUCAGAGAUGUCUGAUGCACAGGCUCACACCCUGCUGUCCAGCAGUCCAGCUCCGACCGAGUGCACUGGUCCAGAGGAUGCUCCUGACUCUCUGUCUCCAGAAGACGAGGACCAGGUGAAUUCUGAGGGAGAGAUUCUACCCGACUGCAUCAGCGAGCGCAGCAGCCUGACCAAAGCCGAGAGCGAGGCACCCGCUCUAGGUCCUGAUUCCUGCUCUAUCGGUAUGGAAGAGUAGUCCUACUCUGGUUCGUCAGGCUCCAUGGAGAGUUUGAUUACUCGGAGCACGAGCUGCUCUAGCCAGCCGCUGCUCUGUCCUAUGAGUACUUUGCACAUGGAGGAUGAAUAACUGGACCUUGAUCCCCCUUCUGUCCCUGAGGCUUCUUCUCAGCUCCUUUAACAGUGUGUGUUCACACAGCAGUCUCUCUGCUGUCUAGUUGCUUCAGCAGUAAAUCUAGUUUUUGUGUAUUUCAUUCUUUUUUUGUUUUACCAAUUUGAUUCUAUUUAUUUAUUUAGAAAUGCUCUCAAAUCCAGCAUAGCAUCCCAGAAGGUGGGAAAAGAGAAGAAUAAGAAGACAGCGUAGUAGCAUCGAGUCACUAGUGUUAAAAAAUGUCAGAAUAUUCGGAUCGUUCCUCCAGAUCCAACACUAACCCGCUCACGUCUAAAGCACAACUACAUAUUCAGCUUUUUUUCCCCUAAAAAACGUUUCAUUUGAAGACUAAUGGAAGCAGUGUUGAUUAUAAUAGAGAUGUUUGUCUUUAAUGCAGAUGUGUAACUCAGUGAAUUUGACAUGAAGUCACGUUUUCUAGGGAGUGAAACUGGAUUUCCGUUUUCCUGAGCGAUGGAGUUAGUCUCCAGAACCGGACCUUGUUCAUGAUGUGUGUAUGUAAUGUACAGACUUUUUUUUUUUUUUUUUUGCUUUAUCAGUUUUACGACCAAAAUAUAUCGCUUGAAGUGUAUUUGCACCUCCGCCUACAUAUAUUCUGUUGAAGGAACUUCUCACACUACGUUUAGUGAGGUGUAUAUAGAGUCAUUCCCUUAACGUGUCUUGUAAAGGAGAAACGCGGCGAAUCCAACGGUCACGAGAAACUCUAUACAGCUGUUUUAGGAGAACUCUGUCCUCAUAGCCUGAGAGAUCAUUUCAGUGCUCAGAUCAUUUCAUCGUCUAACUCUUGACACGUAUUUAUUCCACCUCCUCCUGCACAACACGCCACCACGAUAUGCAACGUCAUGCAGAUGCUUUGUAAACGCAGCAUUGUGCAUAGAGGUCCAUGUGCCUUUAACUACGAGUGUCUGGCUACUUCGUGCUUUAAACUGUUCACUUCUUGUGAUUAAAGAACACAUUUGGAGGCUUGAGAUGUGUGUUUUCUUUCAGCCUCAGUGUCGGUCUGUGAUACUGAGUAUUUCUAAAAUGGUUUAACAGUGUUUUAUGAUUAUAAAUAAUGACAAAUUACAGUUUUAAAUUGAAAUAUGAUUAAACAGGCACAAUAUAAGAUCAUUAAUCGAUACUUGUGUAACUGUGUCUGUGUGUGUGUGUGUGUGUGUGUGACACGUUUCCGUUCGCUCUGUACACAGAUUACUAAAACGCAUAUGCAAUAUUGAUAAGUGGCUUUAUAUUAAAAUAUUCAGCUGAGGCGAAGCUCUGCAUGAUGUGUAAAUAAAGAUGAUCUAUUUAACUCUC